ACAUGUGGUUACACGUUUUACAGUCUCUCCUAUAGAUGCAAGUUUAAAAAAAAAACAUAUUUUUUUAUUGGAUGGUUUAAAAGGGACAUGAUGCAUACUUUUAUUUUGAAAGCAGACGUAAACCUGAACGUAGUGAUGCUUGGUUCUCCUGAGCCAUAACAAAAAGCGUGAGGGCUGGCUUAAUAUUCGUUUGGGGCCUUGUGUGGAGGCUCGAAGUGGAGCCUCGUUUGACCACGGUUGUUUUCUGGAAAGGAAAGGCCCGUACCAUCGAGUGAGUGAAUUUUGGGGACUCUAACUGUCCCUAACUGCUGAGUAACUGUCCCAGGAACAUCUGGGGAUUGAGAGGCUAACAGCAGACAUGUGGACACCGAAGGACGAACAGCAGCAGCAGGCAGCAGAGGGAGAGAUUUCCGGAGCAGCUAACAAAGAGAAGCGGUCUCGUUUGGAAGAAAAUAAGCUGCGUCUCAAAAUUUUGGAGCCUGUUUUCAACCCCCGAGUUCUGCUGCGCAGAUUAGAUGUUCAGCGGAUGCUGUUAGUUAAAGAAGAUCCUCCAAAGGACUCAAAUCCCCAUAACCAAAAGGAGGAAGUUGGCACCAGUCUACAGGGCGAGAAGGAUGAAGAGUCCACAUUGUUUUCACAGUUUUUUCAACCCAAAAAGGAGGACAGAUAUGUCCCAAAUGAAGAAGGUGGAGCAGCAGAAUUCACCAGGAAUCAAGACCAUGAGGAUCCUUCUAACUCAUCAGGGACUGAAGUCAGUGAGGAUGAUGAUGACGACCAUCAAUCAAACUCUCUUCAAAGAGAUAUGAAACAUCAUUCAAGAUCAGGGUCUUCAAACUCUUUUGAUAAUAAAUGUGUUACAAUGAAAAACCCAAAAAAGGUCCAGGCAAGCAUUAAGUUUAGUUGUGAUGACUUGGACAAAAUGUCUACUAGAAAGGAAAGAUUAAACACACACAAGACAAUCCGUGCUGGAGGGAAACCUUUUUCCUGUGAUAUUUGUGAUCUCAGAUUUAGCCAAAAGAAAAUUUUAAAGGAACACAUUAGAACCCACAUAGACAAUAAACCGUUUUGUUGUGAUGUUUGUGAAAAACGAUUCAGCAAAAAAGCAAUAUUAAACAAACACAGGAAGACCCACACAGACGAGAAUCCUUAUUCUUGUGAUUUUUGUGGGCAAAAAUUUAAUCAAAAAUCAACAUUUAUUGCUCAUCUAGGAAUCCACACAGGACAGAAACCUUUCUCCUGUGACAUCUGUGGACAAUUCUUUAGACUAAAAGCAUUUUUAAAAGUACACAUAACUAUCCACACAGGACAGAAACCUGGUGGAAAAAAGCUUGCGAGUAUCAACCCAGAUGAGAAACCUUAUCGUUGUGAUGUUUGUAGUAAAGGUUUUAAUCAAAACUCUGGAUUACAUAAUCACAAGAGAAUUCACACAGGACAGAAGCCUUUUUGUUGUGAUCUUUGUGGAAAAAGAUUUAGCCUAAAAGACUCACUAAGGAAACACAGAAGGUGCCACACAGGUGAGAAACCUUAUUGGUGUGAACUUUGUGGAAUGACAUUUAGCCAGAUCUCUAAUUUAAUCAGGCACAGGCGAAGCCACGCAGAUGAGAAACCUUUUUGUUGUGAUCUUUGUAAAAAAAGAUUUAGCAAUAAAUAUGGCUUAAACACACAUUUGCGAACCCAUACAGGAGAGAAACCUUUCUCUUGUGAAAUUUGUGGACACAGAUCUAAAUGUAAGGAAUAUUUAAAGAAACACAAGAGAACACACACAGGUGAGAAACCUUUUUGUUGUGAUCUUUGUGGAAAAAGAUAUGGCCAGAAGUCGACAUUAAACAAACACAGGACAAUUCACACAGCUGUUAAACCUUAUUGUUGUGAUGUUUGUGGACAGAGAUUUAAUCAAAGAUCAGCACUGAAUGCACACACAGGAAUCCAUACAGGAGAGAAACCUUUUUCCUGUGAUAUUUGUGGACGGUGCUUUAGACGAAAAUCAUUUGUAAAAGCUCACAUGACAACACAUGCAGGACAGAAACCUUUCUCCUGUGAUAUUUGUGGACACAGAUUUAACCUAAAAAAGGACUUAAACAAACACAUAAGAAUCCACACAGGAGAGAAACCUUUUUUUUGUGGUCUUUGUGGAAAAAGAUUUAAUGACAAACCAACACUAACCGUACACAUAAGAACCCACACAGGAGAGAAACCUUUUUCGUGUGAUCUUUGUGGAAACAGAUUUAGUACAAAACGAUUAUUAAAAAGACACACAAUAAUCCACACAAAAGAGAAACCAUUUUGUUAUGUUUGUGGAAAAGGAUUUAGCCAUAAACAACUAUUAAAUGAACACUUGAGCACUCACCCUAAAGGUGAAACUAGCUAUGAAAAAUCAACGACUGUUUGAUUUGCUUGUUGAUGGUUGCAGUGCAACAGAGGAAUAGGGAAAGUGUAACAGUUCCAGGUUGAGGGUUCUUUGUCCAUAUUUUUUGUAAAGAUUUAAUGCCCCUUUUCGACUAGUCCCUACUUAGAGCAGUUUGCUCUGGGUCGACUCGCUUUUUUGGAUUUUCUAUUAGUGACGUUUACGUGGAACAGUUACUAUUUUUAGUACCUGUUUGCUUGUGGUUCCAACCAUUCCAAGUCCAAUGAAAAUGCGAUGUCAGUAACUAAUAUUUUCAACUGUUGAAUCGUUUUACGCUAGGUUUAUUAAGUAUAUGAGCACUAUUAUAGCAAGCUAGCAUUAGUUAAUAUUAGCUUACCAUCACACGUCCUGUAGUUCAUAUCCUUCUGUUUUAUACGACAAGGCUUCCCUCUUUCUCCUGAACUUAUCCACAGUGCUUCGGGUCUCACUGCACAAACCCUUCUCUCGUCUUUCAUUCGGAGUCUGACAGCAGCCAUAAACGGAGCAGCAGUCUUGGCUAACUGUGUUUUUUGUGUCUAUCACAUCACUUCGGACUGAGCAGUCGGCUUGCUAUUAACGAUCCCGCCCCCAUUAAGAACUUAAUUGUGAUGGAAAAUUAAUCAAACCUUGGUAAACGGAAAGAAAGAACCUAAACUCAGAUCUUCAAUGGAAAACAGUGACUUUCUCCUGUCAACGUACUGUUUUCCCAGCUGCCCCAGGAGGCCGAGUGGUCUUCUGGUCCAAUCAGCUCUAGCCUGUCUACCUGGACUCUGUUCCCGAGGAACUGCAUGUUUGGGUCACUUGCCAGAGCGAUCCUAGUUGAGAGGUUUUGUGUCUGGGCAGAGCCAUAAUCUUUGAAUAUAACAAAAUAGAUUACAAUGAUUUCUGUUCGGGCUGCACGGUGGUGCAGUUGGUAGCACUGUUGCCUUGCAGCAAGAAGGUCCUGGGUUCGAUUCCUGACCGGGGGUCUUUCUGCAUGGAGUUUGCAUGUUCUCCCCGUGCAUGCGUGGGU